CACACACUUUUAAAUGCACUCACUUGGAUUAAAAACUAUCUAAAAAAAUUACUGAUCAUGUUCAGUUGACUGAUAGAAGAUAAUCAAAUUGAGAAGUGAUUAUACUAACAGCCUCCCCUUCACUCAGUGACACAGUGUGUUCCAGAUGACAGGUUUUACAUUGUACAGAAGAAAUUGUAGAGAAUUGUAGAGAAUCAAACCCAAUAUCAACAGUGGCCCGCAGCCUCCCCAUGAUCAUGUGACUGGAUGAGAGGAUUGUUUCUGGUCAGACCCCCCUUCCCAUCUGCACCCCUUCCCAUCUGCACCCCUCCCAUCUGCACCACUGCCCAUCUGCACCACUUCCCACCAACUUAAAAAUGACCAUCACCAUCAGAGGGAAGUUACCUUCACACACACUAGACAUGCAUUUGUAGUCACACACACUAGAUCUGAGGGUAAAACACAAUGUUAUGAGAAAGAAGAGAUGAUGAAAUCAGACAUCUAGAUUCCAUCACCCAAAUAAUCUUGUGGGGUCGUUUUUUUGUGAGAGAGAAACAGAUACUAUACUGUAUAAACUAGGACAAGAGAGAGAAGGAGAGAGGGAAGGAAGGAAUGUGCCUGGGGUCCCUGUGGUUCCUCUGACGUCAGUGCAGAGGGAGGGAGGGGGGUAUGUGUGAUUGCUGGCGAAUUAUGAUUGGCUAUUGUUGGCCAAAGUAUGUAUGCGUUGACACACACACACACACACACACACACACACACACACAACUACACAGAAUGAGCUUCCCAAUUGUUACCCCUAGGGGUUAGCUGAAGGGAAAUGGAGACGCCCCCUUGGCUUUUUUGCAGACUUGUGUAUACACCCUUACCCCCCCCCACUAAAGUCAGAGGGACAGAUCUAAUCACAGAAGUCUGGCCUUUUCACCCCACACCUUUCUUUCUAUGGCUCAGUUUCUUUCUCUCUCUGUUUCUUUCUAUGGCUCUGUUUCUCUUUCUUUCUCUCUCUUUGUAUCUCUUUCUUUCUCUCUCUCUGUUUCCCUCUGUCUGUAUCUCUCUCUUUGUAUCUCUUUCUUUCUUUCCCUCUCUGUGUUUCCCUCUCUCUUUCUUUCUCUCUCUGUUUCUCUCUCUGUUUCUAUGACUCUGUUUCUGUCUCUCUGUUUCUCUUUCUUUCUCUCUCUCUCUCUGUUUCCCUCUCUCUGUUUCCCUCUCUCUGUUUCCCUCUCUCUGUUUCUCUCUCUCUUUGUACUUCUCUCUUUCUUUCCCUCUCUCUUUCUUUCUCUCUCUGUUUCUCUUUCUUUCUCUCUUUCUUUCUAUGGUUCUGUUUCUCUCUUUGAUUCUCACUCUCUUUCUUUCUAUGGCUCUGUUACUCUCUCUGUUUCUCUCUCUUUCUAUGGCUCUGUUUCUCUUUCUCUUGGUUUCUAUGGCUCUGUUACUCUCUCUGUUUCUCUUUCUCUCUCUUUCUAUGGCUCUGUUUCUCUUUCUCUCGGUUUCUAUGGCUCUGUUUCUCUCUCUGUUUCUCUCUCUCUGUUUCUCUCUCUGUUUCUCUUUCUCUCUGUUUCCGUGGCUCUGUUUCUCUCUUUCUGUUUCUCUCUCUGUUUCUCUUUCUCUCUGUUUCCAUGGCUCUGUUUCUCUCUCUCUGUUUCUCUCUCUGUGUUUCUCUUUCUCUCUUUCUUUCUAUGGCUCUAUUUCUCUCUCUGUUUCUCUUUCUCUCUUUCUUUCUAUGGCUCUGUUUCUCUCUCUGAUUCUCACUCUCUUUCUUUCUAUGGCUCUGUUUAUCUCUCUCUGUGUUUCUCUCUCUGUUUCUAUGGCCCUGUUUCUCUCUCUCUGUUUCUCUCUCUGUGUUUCUCUCUGUUUCUAUGGCCUCUCUCUGUUUCUCUCUCUCGGUUUCUUUCUUUCUAUGGCUCUGUUUCUCUCUCUCUGUUUCUCUCUCUCUGUUUCUUUCUUUCUAUGCCUCUGUUUCUCUCUGUCUGUGUCUCAGAACAGAGUAGAUCACUCUAGAGUGUGCCACAGCCUGGGUCAGGAGAGAAACUCUAGACGUGUGUGUGUGUGUGUGUGUGUGUGUGUGUGUGUGUGUGUGUGUGUGUGUGUGUGUGUGUGUGUGUGUGUGUGUGUUGGAAAGCUGGUGAUGCUGGUCUGACACACUGUGACACUCCAGGACCUCAUGGAAUCCUGCCGUGUUGACUAUGUGGUUGCCAGGCAACGCAGGAUCACAUAUGGAGUAUAGAGAGUGUCUGUUAAUAACAGAUUAUGGGUUAAAGAGGUGUUUGUGUUUCAGGGCAGGUGGGCUAGUGGAGAGUCUUGCGUAAUGGGGAUUAAGGAGGGAGAGAAUGAUCAGGGAGUGAAGGAUUUUCACCGAUGCCCAGAUCAGCUGACCUACUCACCUCGAGACUAUCCCCCGGCCCUAGCAAUGCCCAGAUCAGCUGACCUACUCACCUCGAGACUAUCCCCCGGCCCUAGCAAUGCCCAGAUCAGCUGACCUACUCACCUCGAGACUAUCCCCCGGCCCUAGCAAUGCCCAGAUCAGCUGACCUACUCACCUCGAGACUAUCCUCCGGCCCUAGCAAUGCCCAGAUCAGCUGACCUACUCACCUCGAGACUAUCCCCCGGCCCUAGCAAUGCCCAGAUCAGCUGACCUACUCACCUCGAGACUAUCCCCCGGCCCUAGCAAUGCCCAGAUCAGCUGACCUACUCACCUCGAGACUAUCCUCCGGCCCUAGCAAUGCCCAGAUCAGCUGACCUACUCACCUCGAGACUAUCCUCCGGCCCUAGCAAUGCUGAACCACACUCAAUACUCUCACACUCGUGGCUGAUAUAUGAUUGAUUGAUUGUUGUACACCAAUGGCGAAGGGGCAUAAAGAUGGCGGUCCCCAUGUACUUACUACAAAUGCCUUGUUUGUUCAGAUCGCCGUGUUGUACAUUGCUCUCCGUUACUCUUUUUUGUAUGGGCAUUAGCUCAGUUUACAUGAUCCUGAUUCUAGCUCCAAGAUGGCGGUAAUUUGAAAAAAUGAACAAGUAGAUUGUGCUGAUUUACUGGCACAUUGAACCAUGUUGCACGCCAUAGGUUAGAAACUCUGAGUAGUGCUAAAACAAUUAUUUACUGGUGUUUUACCCAAUAAAUGACUGGGAGUUUAUUUAUAUAGUGUGCAACUCACUUCAUUUAUUUUUCUAGUGCUAAAACAAUGACAUCAUAUCUGAAUUUCUCCAUCUGUAUACACCUUUACCACCGUUGGUGCCCAGCCGUAUGGGCUUAGAAGACAUCAAAUCAAGAAUGUGUGCUGUGCACAAAGCACAUGUUUGAUUCAGAGGGGUUGGGUUAAAUGCGGUAGACACAUUUCAGUUGGAUGCAUUCAGUACCACUGACUAGGUAUCUCCCUUCACAUUAAACAAAUCAAUUGCAUUUAACAAUUAAAUGCAUAAUUAGCACUCGUAACAAAGUACAGUUUUCACCUUGUCACACUACACAAACAAUACACUUCUCCCUCCUAUAUCUGAGCUACUAAGGGUAUAGAUAAUGACUGAUCAUUUUCAAGUUAAGGCAGUCCACACUGUCUAGUCGCAUGUUGCAUGUUUGCACAACACUGAUAGCCACACAAUAAUGUCUAUCAUUCAAAACAUGGUUUAGUCCAUACAUUGCCCGUGAUUAUGGAAUAUUAUUGUAUGUACCAGUCAGACCUCGGUCAAAAUAGUAUACUGUUUUCUUUCAAAUGCUACAGUUGCUUAGCUUACUUUACCCAGCAUGCCAGUUGGAUUUGGUUUGCACUUUUGGGACUUCCAUUGGUUGCAUUAUGCGAUACAUUGCUAGUGCAUGACGUAUUUCAAAGAAAACUGAUCACAUUUGGAACCAGGUCUCAUAUGUACUGUCAGUGUUUAAUAAUGGAAUGUUGUGUUGAGCCAGGUCUGAUAUGUACUGUCAGUGUUUAAUAAUGGGAUGUUGUGUUGAACCAGGUCUCUACGCAGACGACACUAUUCUGUAUACUUCUGGCCCUUCUCUUGACACUGUGUUAACAACCCUCCAGGCGAGCUUCAAUGCCAUACAACUCUCCUUCCGUGGCCUCCAAUUGCUCUUAAAUACAAGUAAAACUAAAUGCAUGCUCUUCAACCGAUCGCUGCCUGCACCUGCCCGCCUGUCCAGCAUCACUACUCUGGACGGCUCUGACUUAGAAUAUGUGGACAACUACAAAUACCUAGGUGUCUGGUUAGACUGUAAACUCUCCUUCCAGACUCACAUCAAGCAUCUCCAAUCCAAAGUUAAAUCUAGAAUCGGCUUCCUAUUCCGCAACAAAGCAUCCUUCACUCAUGCUGCCAAACAUACCCUUGUAAAACUGACCAUCCUACCAAUCCUCGACUUCGGUGAUGUCAUUUACAAAAUAGCCUCCAAAACCCUACUCAAUAAAUUGGAUGCAGUCUAUCACAGUGCCAUCCGUUUUGUCACCAAAGCCCCAUAUACUACCCACCACUGCGACCUGUACGCUCUCGUUGGCUGGCCCUCGCUUCACACUCGUCGCCAAACCCACUGGCUCCAGGUCAUCUACAAGACCCUGCUAGGUAAAGUCCCCCCUUAUCUCAGCUCGCUGGUCACCAUAGCAGCACCUACCUGUAGCACGCGCUCCAGCAGGUAUAUCUCUCUGGUCACCCCCAAAACCAAUUCUUCCUUUGGCCGCCUCUCCUUCCAGUUCUCUGCUGCCAAUGACUGGAACGAACUACAAAAAUCUCUGAAACUGGAAACACUUAUCUCCCUCACUAGCUUUAAGCACCAGCUGUCAGAGCAGCUCAUAGAUUACUGCACCUGUACAUAGCCCAUCUAUAAUUUAGCCCAAACAACUACCUCUUUACCUACUGUAUUUAUUUAUUUUGCUCCUUUGCACCCCAUUAUUUCUAUCUCUACUUUGCACCUUCUUCCACUGCAAACCAACCAUUCCAGUGUUAUUUUUUUUACUUGCUAUAUUGUAUUUACUUCGCCACCAUGGCCUUUUUAUAUAUUUAUUUAUUUAUUUAUAUAUAUAUUUUGUUUGCCUUCACCUCCCUUAUCUCACCUCACUUGCUCAUAUUGUAUAUAGACUUAUUUUCACUGUAUUAUUGACUGUAUGUUUGUUUUACUCCAUGUGUAACUAUGUGUUGUUGUAUGUGUUGAACUGCUUUGCUUUAUCUUGGCCAGGUCGCAAUUGUAAAUGAGAACGUGUUCUCAAUUUGCCUACCUGGUUAAAUAAAGGUGAAAUAAAAAAAAUAAAAAAAUAUGUACUGUCAGUGUUUAAUAAUGGGAUGUUGAGUUGAACCAGGUCUGAUAUGUACUGUCAGUGUUUAAUAAUGGGAUGUUAUGUUGAACCAGGUCUGAUAUGUACUGUCAGUGUUUAAUAAUGUGAUGUUAUGUUGAACCAGGUCUGAUAUGUACUGUCAGUGUUUAAUAAUGGGAUGUUGAGUUGAACCAGGUCUGAUAUGUACUGUCAGUGUUUAAUAAUGGGAUGUUAUGUUGAACCAGGUCUGAUAUGUACUGUCAGUGUUUAAUAAUGUGAUGUUAUGUUGAACCAGGUCUGAUAUGUACUGUCAGUGUUUAAUAAUGGGAUGUUAUGUUGAACCAGGUCUGAUAUGUACUGUCAGUGUUUAAUAAUGGGAUGUUGUGUUGAACCAGGUCUGAUAUGUACUGUCAGUGUUUAAUAAUGGGAUGUUAUGUUGAACCAGGUCUGAUAUGUACUGUCAGUGUUUAAUAAUGGGAUGUUAUGUUGAACCAGGUCUGAUAUGUACUGUCAGUGUUUAAUAAUGGGAUGUUGAGUUGAACCAGGUCUGAUAUGUACUGUCAGUGUUUAAUAAUGGGAUGUUGUGUUGAACCAGGUCUGAUAAGUACUGUCAGUGUUUAAUAAUGGGAUGUUGUGUUGAACCAGGUCUGAUAAGUACUGUCAGUGUUUAAUAAUGGGAUGUUGUGGUGAACCAGGUCUGAUAAGUACUGUCAGUGUUUAAUCAUGGGAUGUUGUGUUGAACCAGGUCUGAUAUGUACUGUCAGUGUUUAAUAAUGGGAUGUUGUGUUGAACCAGGUCUGAUAUGUACUGUCAGUGUUUAAUAAUGGGAUGUUGUGUUGAACCAGGUCUGAUAUGUACUGUCAGUGUUUAAUAAUGGGAUGUUGUGUUGAACCAGGUCUGAUAUGUACUGUCAGUGUUUAAUAAUGGAAUGUUAUGUUGAACCAGGUCUGAUAUGUACUGUCAGUGUUUAAUAAUGGAAUGUUAUGUUGAACCAGGUCUGAUAUGUACUGUCAGUGUUUAAUAAUGGGAUGUUGUGUUGAACCAGGUCUGAUAUGUACUGUCAGUGUUUAAUAAUGGGAUGUUGUGUUGAACCAGGUCUGAUAUGUACUGUCAGUGUUUAAUAAUGGAAUGUUAUGUUGAACCAGGUCUGAUAUGUACUGUCAGUGUUUAAUAAUGGGAUGUUGUGUUGAACCAGGUCUGAUAUGUACUGUCAGUGUUUAAUAAUGGGAUGUUUUGGUGAACCAGGUCUGAUAUGUACUGUCAGUGUUUAAUAAUGGGAUGUUGUGUUGAACCAGGUCUGAUAUGUACUGUCAGUGUUUAAUAAUGGAAUGUUAUGUUGAACCAGGUCUGAUAUGUACUGUCAGUGUUUAAUAAUGGGAUGUUGUGUUGAACCAGGUCUGAUAUGUACUGUCAGUGUUUAAUAAUGGGAUGUUGUGUUGAACCAGGUCUGAUAUGUACUGUCAGUGUUUAAUAAUGGGAUGUUGUGUUGAACCAGGUCUGAUAUGUACUGUCAGUGUUUAAUAAUGGGAUGUUGUGUUGAACCAGGUCUGAUAUGUACUGUCAGUGUUUAAUAAUGGGAUGUUGUGUUGAACCAGGUCUGAUAUGUACUGUCAGUGUUUAAUAAUGGGAUGUUGUGUUGAACCAGGUCUGAUAUGUACUGUCAGUGUUUAAUAAUGGGAUGUUGUGUUGAACCAGGUCUGAUAUGUACUGUCAGUGUUUAAUAAUGGAAUGUUAUGUUGAACCAGGUCUGAUAUGUACUGUCAGUGUUUAAUAAUGGGAUGUUGUGUUGAACCAGGUCUGAUAUGUACUGUCAGUGUUUAAUAAUGGGAUGUUGUGUUGAACCAGGUCUGAUAUGUACUGUCAGUGUUUAAUAAUGGGAUGUUGAGUUGAACCAGGUCUGAUAUGUACUGUCAGUGUUUAAUAAUGGGAUGUUGUGUUGAACCAGGUCUGAUAUGUACUGUCAGUGUUUAAUAAUGGGAUGUUGAGUUGAACCAGGUCUGAUAUGUACUGUCAGUGUUUAAUAAUGGGAUGUUGUGUUGAACCAGGUCUGAUAUGUACUGUCAGUGUUUAAUAAUGGGAUGUUAUGUUGAACCAGGUCUGAUAUGUACUGUCAGUGUUUAAUAAUGGGAUGUUGUGUU